AUGAUGAUUAGUGGUUGGAAGGACUUUGUGACGUCAUGCCGGAAGUCGAGGAAACUGGUGGCUCUGAUCGUGGCCAUCGCGUUACUGUUGGACAACAUGCUCUUGACGACGGUUGUGCCUAUCAUUCCGGAGUUCUUGUACGACAUAGAACAUCCCGGAUCUCCGUUGUCGGUUUCGCUGGAUGACGUCACGACUGCAACGCCGAGCCCCACCCCCCACUGCCCCUGUCUGGAAAAGAACGAAUUUAAAGUCACCGAGAACAACACGAACAUUAACCUCACAAUGGCACGGGAGCUGCGUCACAACGAUCUGGUCCGAGAGUCCUUCCCCGUUGGGGUCAUGUUCGCCAGUAAAGCAGUGGUCCAACUAUUGACAAACAUAUUUAUUGGCCCGUUGACUCACAGAAUCGGUUAUGGAGUGCCAAUGUUCAUUGGAUUCGUGAUUCUAUUCAUAUCAACUAUAAUAUUCGCCUUCGGUCAUUCAUACGGAGUGCUAUUCAUGGCUCGUGCGCUCCAAGGCGUGGGUUCGUCCUGUUCCUCUGUAUCCGGGAUGGGAAUGCUCGCCGAACGAUAUCCAGACGACAAG